AUGCCGUCAAUCGUGGUGAACGAUGAAGGGAUCGAGCUGUCCUACAUAGACAGCGGUAUCCCCCAGAAAGGCACUUUUGUCCACCGCUACAUCACUAUCUUUGCGAUCCACGGGUUUCGUUUCACCAACCACAUGUUUGAUAGAUUCAUGGCGCAAGCAUACGAUGCAAAAAUGCGCUUCGUAGCCAUAAGUCGGCGAGACCACCCCGGAUCUACCCCGCUUGCACCUCAAGAUCUGACCGAUCUCGCAGAGCAUGGCGAGGAAGACAAACAGGCCUUCCUUCAGGCCAGAGGGCUUGAGAUUGCUUCCUUUGUCGACCGUUUCAUAGAGCAAAACGGUCUGCUGCCAAUCUCUAGCGAUCGGAAGACUGGCGGAAUCGUCAUACUAGGACACGGCAUCGGUUGCGUCUUCGCACUCUCUGCAGUGGCGAGUCUUGAUACGCUUUCUGCUUCUGUGCAACAGCGCUGGGGUGCACACAUGAGGGCACUUCUUCUACAUGGUGCUUGGGGGCCCCGAAACUUACCUUCGACAUUGAUUGAUGAACAGUGGCUUACUUCAUACUUCAAGCAAUGGGACCUCAACGCCCGCAACUUAAGUAUCUACUCUUACGACAUUACGCCAUCCAUUGCCAAACUUCCCACCAUCGCCAGUAUGUCGGAAGACGAGAUUGUUCGCAUCUUCACCGAAUUUCCACUCUCAUCGUCCGACCUACCCUUCAUCAUCGCAUGUCAGCAACAAAUCAAAGCAUGCUACAAAAAGGCGUGCUUUGACGAAGACAUCAAAGGCUUGAUGCCAAAUAUGAAGAUCUGGGUGUUUUCAGGAGAUCGAACUUUACCGUUUUCGCUACCGGCGUACUGGGCCAUGGAAGAUGACAAUGAUGCUCGUGGAGGCGGCUAUUUACACUUCAGAAUUGUUCAUAACGUCAACCAUUUCGCGCACUGGGCUGAACCCGCCUUGAUCUUGCGAUUGUACCAAGACGCGUUACAACUGCCUCAUUAG